AUGGACUACAACCUAGCUGCACUGAAGCUGCUGUGUGUCCAACUGAAAGACGCGCAAGAAACUUCUUCCGAGAACGCCAUGGAAUUGCACAACAUCAUAUUCCAACGUGCCUGGUUACAGGGCAUUUUGGUCCACGUUUCCGCCGACGGAGAGUGCUUGUAUCUCGACGACGGCACCGGCGUCAUCGAGCUCUCCCUCAGACCCGAGUUUCGCGGCCGCCCUUGGAAUAUCGGUAACCACCACCCCCGGCGCACUUUAGCAUUCCCGCGUCUUCUUUCUUUGUGGCCGGGUAGGUUGACAGUCCCAGUCUGUUCCAGCCUUGCCUUGGCGAUGUUUGAGGUGCAGUUUCAGUCUUCAGCAAUGAUGUUCUCACAACUUUAUGUUCCUUUUCCUAUUGGAGAUCCAAAGAAAUUGUGUUCCUCCUAG